AAAAUCUAAAAAAUAGGGUAAACUUAGACUAUUUCUCUCUCUAACUUCUUUUUAAAUUUUCUUUCUAUAUUUUUUCUUGUACUACCUUUCUAUCUGUUAAAUUUUCUUCCUUUUUUUUUGCCACUUUUAAUUCUUCCACUGUUCUUGAAAAAUUCUCUCUUCUCUUUCACACUUGUUUCUCUCUCUUCCAUUUUGUUUUGCACUUUCUCUCUCCAAUACAGGGGACUAGGGGAGCUUUGAAGCUCUCAACAAUGGCUGACAUUAGUCAUCCUCCCAUGGAACAACUUCAAGACCUUGAAUAUUGCAUAGACUCAAAUCCUCCUUGGGCCGAAACCAUCCUUCUGGGAUUUCAGAACUAUAUUCUGAUGCUUGGUACGAGUGUGAUGAUUCCUACAAUGCUAGUCCAUGCGAUGGGUGGUUCUGAUGGUGACAAGGCACGGGUCAUACAAACUCUCCUAUUUGUGGCAGGAAUAAACACGCUUUUGCAAGCUUUGUUUGGGACACGGCUGCCCACUGUUGUUGGAGGAUCCUUUGCUUACAUUAUUCCGAUAGCAUAUAUAAUAAACGACCCUUCACUACAGAGAAUUCCAAACGGUCAUGAUAGAUUUAUACAAACUAUGAGGGCUAUUCAAGGAGCUCUGAUUGUUUCUUCUAGUCUACAAAUUAUUUUAGGUUAUAGUCAACUUUGGGGCCUUUUUACGCGAUUCUUUAGUCCUCUAGGGAUGGCGCCUGUUGUGGGAUUGGCCGGCUUAGGGUUGUUUCAUCGAGGUUUUCCUGCGCUAGGAAAUUGUGUAGAAAUUGGGCUUCCCAUGCUAUUUCUCGUGAUCGGGUUGUCUCAAUAUUUGAAGCAUAUCAGGCCUUUGAGAGAUGUCCCGAUAUUCGAGCGGUUCCCUGUCAUUAUAUGUAUCUCUAUUGUAUGGAUUUAUGCCAUCAUCUUGACUGCAGCUGGGGCUUACAAAAAUACACCACACCCAACUCAAAUCAGCUGUCGUACGGAUAAGGCAAAUCUUAUUUCGACUGCCCCGUGGUUCAAAUUUCCAUAUCCGUUGCAAUGGGGUCCUCCAACUUUUGCUGCUGGUCAUUCGGUUGCUAUGAUGUCAGCUGUUUUAGUUUCGAUGAUUGAGUCGACUGCUGCGUAUCAGGCAGCAUCCAGGCUUGCAAUCGCUACCCCUCCUCCUGCUUAUGUUUUGAGUCGCGGCAUAGGAUGGCAGGGAAUCGGAGUUUUAUUGGAUGGUCUGUUUGGAACCUGUACUGGAUCUUCAGUCUCUGUGGAAAAUGUUGGCUUGCUAGGGCUUACACGAGUAGGAAGUCGUAGAGUUGUUCAAAUCUCAGCUGGUUUUAUGAUAUUUUUCUCUAUUUUAGGAAAAUUCGGUGCCGUUUUUGCUUCUAUACCUUUCCCUAUAUUUGCCGCACUAUACUGUGUUCUCUUUGGCCUCGUGGCUUCCGUAGGACUAUCAUUUCUACAAUUCACGAACAUGAACUCGAUGAGGAAUCUUUUUAUUACCGGUGUCUCGGUUUUUCUUGGGAUAUCGAUACCUCAGUUCUUCUACGACUAUCUUCCGCAUCAUGGCCUUGUUCGGACAAACACAGGAUGGUUCAAUGCAUUUUUGACGACCAUUUUCAUGUCAUCGCCAACAGUAAGCUUAAUUAUUGCGGUGUUUCUAGACAACACACUAGAUGUAGAAAAAUCGAAGAAAGAUAGAGGGAUGCCUUGGUGGGUGAAGUUUAGAAGUUUUCGGGGAGACAACAGAAACGAAGAAUUUUACACACUGCCGUUCAAUCUCAACAGAUUCUUUCCUCCGACGUAAGUGCAAGACACGACAGGUAGACACAUUUAUCGGCUCUGAUAAAAUUCUAACCGUGCUGAUUUGAGAUCAUCGAUGAAGAUCUGAUCAGCAACAACUGGAUAUAUUUUGAUCGGGAAAAGACUGAACUUUCUAACUUAUCCAGUGUAAUUUUUGGCGGAUAUGAUUCAUCAUUCAUGUGCAGUAACGUUUAGAAAUUAGGAUAGUAAAUCAUUCUUCUAAAAUGCCUUUAUAAGGUGUAAAUGGAAUGCAAUAAGAAGCAGCAUUUUAGCUUUUGCUUUCUUAUCUUUUGCAAUUGUGCAGGUUAUAUUACUACAGAUUCA